AUGAAUAACAAAGAGUAUUCACACUUUUUUGGCACAACGGAAACUGAAAGUGUGUUGAAUGUUGAUUAUCCUAUAGAAAGUUCAUCAUCAGUAAGACCUAUACCAAUAAAGAAAAAUGGAGAUCUUAACUUGUUACAAAAUGAUGGAUUUGAAUUGUUUGAUACAUCUAAUGAUUUUAUUCAAAAUCAUAUGGUAGUCAAUAAUUCGGAUCAAAAUUUGUUCACUAAUAACGAUUCUGGGCGGAUAGGAAGAUCUGAUGAUAUAUCUUUCAUAAAAAUGGGUGAAGAAAUUUUACAGGUAGAUCAAUCCAAUUUGCUUCACGGACCUACAUUAGCUGAAUUAAAUGCCUAUGGUAGUGAUAAUUUAUUAGAAAACUUCAAUUUUGAUGAUUUGUUAUUACUACCUGAUUCAGAACUGUUUGAAAUACCUGACACAUUAAUGAGUUCAUACUUGAUGGAUCAUGCUGUGGAUACUAGCCCUAUUAACAGACCAAGUUCUUCAAAGUCUGGCUUUCAACAUUCACCAAAUAGUUGCAGUUCUUUUUUAUCACUUUCUCCAGGUCAAACAAAUUCAAUAACACUACAAGAACUCUUGAAGAAAGAAACAAAAUCACAAAAGUGUCUAUCUCCUCCUAUAUUUGGAACUAGUGUUCCGGGAUCAGGAUUUAUGCUGGCCAGCAAAUCGAGAGAAAAUUUUUCGUCAUCAGCUCCUACUCAUUGUGGACUUAACCAGAUGUGGCAGCAUAGAAAACCUCGACAGCAUUUAUUAUCCACUAGAUCAUUUGCAGAGGCAGGAUCUACUUCCUCGCUUUCAACUGGAGGUAUUUUGACUCCAAGAACUUAUGGUUUUUCAUUUAAUGAAACAAUCGGUGAUUCUGAUAAUAAUACAGAACAAGAAAAAACCUUUUCAUCUGAUAUCGAUUCAAAGGGCAGUGCAGGUGGUAGAACAUCUGCUGAAUCAUCUUCACAUAAAGAUAAAUUUUUUUGGCAGUACAAUGCUAAUUCUAAGGUUCCUAAAGGUCAAAGAUUAGUAUUAAAAUGUAAGCUAAAGGAUUCCCAUUGUUUAAACGAGAUUAUUGAUCCAGUAUUUAGUCCGAAUUGUCCAAUCAAAGGAAUUAAACAUAGUGGUAAACCAAGAAAGGGAGAUGGUAAUAACCUAACACCAAAUCCUAAACAAUUACAGUUAAUUGGCAGUGAAUUGGAUAAAUGGAAUAAAAUUAUAACUGAAAUGACACCAGUCAGCGAGUUGCCAUUUGAUCUUAGAAAAAAUGCCCGUAAAGAAAAGAACAAAUUAGUAUCCAGAGCAUGCCGGUUGAGGAUAAAAGCUCAGCAUGAGGCGAACAAAAUAAAACUUUAUGGAUUAAGAACUGAACACAGGCGUUUAAGUAAUGCUAUAGCUCAAAUGAAGAAGUUAUUUCUAAAAGAAAAUCAUGGAUUGUCAAAUGCCAGUGAGAAAAUUAUAAAAUAUGCUACUAGAUUAAAAGUAGCUGGGGAAACUACACAAUUUGUGAACGAAGUUCUCGAGAAAACCAAAUUAGGUGCACCGCAGGGUGGCUUGGAUGAGCUAUAG